GAGAGAGAGAGAGAGAGAAGCGAUGGGAGGGAAGAAAGGAAGAGAGGAAGAAAGGGGACGAGGAGAGAGGGGAGAAUGAGAACGGAGAGUGGACCUGGGCCAGAUCUGGGGGGGUUUGGGUCCAUUCGUCACUGAUUUGAGAGAGAUUUACAGGCUGCGGAGUGCGGGUGAGGAGAAAAGGUGAGGAGGGGGCUCCAGAGAGAUCCGUGGAGUGAUAGGUGGCCGGGUUUGUGUGACUGGUCUCAGUAAGUGGAGGGUUUCCGCGUUUCCUCCACUUGAGGAGUUAUUAAGGCGGUCGACGGGCCACCCGCGGCGCGCCACACAGCGCCACUUAGCGCCGCCGUGACACCCAGAGGAGAAGCUGGUGUUGAUCUGAAUCCAGUCUCCAGUGGAUAAACCAGACCCCGCUCAACCAACCCCCCCUCCCCCCUCCGCCCCCAACCCCUUCCUCUUCCUCUGUCAGUGCGUCAAAGGAGCUCCGUGCGUAACGGGGAGAGUCGUGCGUAACUGGAGACGGAUUUCUCUCCCAUUUUGCACCAGGAUUCCGGGGGUUGCUGGUGGUGCGAGGCUGCACUUGAGACGCCAACAGCCGCGGGAACGGCGCUUUUUCUCCGCUAGAAUCCUCCACGGGUCUCACCCCCCCACAGCGCCACUUAGCGCCGCCGUGACACCCAGAGGAGAACCUUGUGUUGAUCUGAAUCCAGUCUCCAGUGGAUAAACUAGACCCCCCACGCUCCCCACGCUCCCCCCGCCGCCCCCAAUCCCUUCCUCUUCCUCUGUCAGUGCGCACUCCCGUGCGUAACGGGAGAGUCGUGCGUAACUGGACACGGAUUUCUCUCCCAUUUUGCACCAGGAUUCCGGGGACGAGGCUGACUUUGCGACGCCAGCAGCCGCGGGAACGGCUCUUUUUCUCCGCUAGAACCCCCCCACAGUCCCCCGCCCCCCCCUCCAUCUCUCCUCUCUGACAUGACGACCGAGACCGCGCAGCAGCAGCUGGAUCCGCCGCCUCCGCUCAGAUCCAGCCCGGCGUCCGGCGUCCUGCACCCCGCCAUGCUGAGCCCCCAGGCGGCCGCCGCCGCGGCGGAGAGCUCCUCCAGCACCGUGAAGGGGAAGAAGGCGAGCUCGGGGCUGCGCAGACCGGAGAAACCCCCCUACUCCUACAUCGCGCUGAUCGUCAUGGCCAUCCAGAGCUCCCCGACCAAGCGGCUCACGCUCAGCGAGAUCUACCAGUUCCUGCAGGCGCGCUUCCCUUUCUUCCGCGGCUCCUACCAGGGCUGGAAGAACUCGGUCCGGCACAACCUGUCCCUGAACGAGUGCUUCAUCAAGCUGCCCAAGGGCCUGGGCCGGCCCGGGAAGGGCCACUACUGGACCAUCGACCCCGGGAGCGAGUUCAUGUUCGAGGAGGGCUCAUUCCGGCGCAGACCGCGCGGCUUCAGGAGGAAGUGCCAGGCUCUCAAGCCCAUGUACCGGAUGAUGAACGGCAUCGGCUUCGGCGCGUCCAUCCUCCCGCAGAGCUUCGACUUCCAGCCGCCGUCCGCGUCGCUGGCGUGCCACGGGAACACGUACAACCUGGACAUGAUGGGCAGCUCCAUGGCGGGCGGGUACGACGGCCACCACGUCCCGCACAUGUCCCCCAGCCCCGGCUCCACGUACAUGGCCAGCUGCCCCGUGGGCCCCGGCGGCGGCGGGGGGGAGUACGGCGGGCCGGACAGCAGCUCCAGCCCGGUCCCGUCCUCCUCUCCGGCCGUGGCCGGCGCGCUGCUGGACCCGCACUCGCCCUACGCCGGCACGGCCUCGUCCUGGGCGGCCCCCGGCGGCUCUGCCUACAUCAAGCAGCAGUCGCUCGCCUCCUCCGGCAGCCCGGCCGGGUCCGGCCUGCACUCCGGGAUGUCGCACUACUCCCUGGAGCAGAGCUACCUGCACCAGAACGGCCGGGACGGACACCACUCCACGGACCUGUCAGUGGGGAUCCCGCGCUACCAGAGCCACUCCCACUCCUCGGUGUGCGACCGGAAGGACUUUGUGUUGAACUUUAACGGGAUCUCGUCGUUCCACCCGUCGGCCGGGGGAUCCUACUACCACCACCACCACCACCACCACCCGCAGAGCUGCCAGGACAUCAAGCCCUGCGUCAUGUGAAGGAGGAGACACGUCUGAACACACAAGAGGACUCUUUAUUAUUAUUAUUAUUAUUGUUCAGAGGUGGAUAAUCCAGGUGCCAUCAAGUAAAAAUCCUGUCCAGCAGUUGUUCCAACCGUCACUAAAGCAGCUCCUCUGCAGGAGGAUGGUAGGUUUUUAGUGAAAACACCUGUUUUAAAUGUACUGGCUGAUCAUUUCAUUUCAUUUAUUUAUUUAGAAAGGGACAAUGCACAUUAAUUAACAUGAGCACUUGAGUCCACCAUGUAAAUGUACCAGAUUGUUAGCCGUACAGGCUAAUUUACAUCUGAAGUCCCUGCAGGUUGAUGACAUUUAUAUAAAAAACAUUAAAGGAGAACACAGUAAAAGACUAGAGUACAGAGUACAAACAAUAAGUAAAACCAUGACAUAAUAACUCUGAAUAAUGACAAACAUAAAUGAAGAACAAGAGCAAACAAACACAUGAGCUCACACAGGUUAGAUCCACAGGUGUAUGUUUUAAUGAGCAAAUAUCAGCUUAAUGUUAAGACAAUUAUUUGACUACUGGUGCUUUGAGACUGACCCCAUUUCAAAAUUGGUCUUAAUUUAAGAUUGGUUCAAAACUACUUUUGAUUUUGUAAAAAAACAACAACAUUAAAGCACAUUCCAGAGGUGUUUAAUCCAGGUGUUUAAUC